UUCGAGUCACACUCAUACCGCUCUUCCUUCCUGCCUAUCCCACCGCGGGACCUCGACGAUCGGAGCCGAGCCCUUCCGCCGGCGAGAACCAGCUGGUCCACCCUCGCGGGCCAGAAGAAGGGCGGACUGAGUCGGAAGUGUGUCGUCCUCUUUCGCGUGACGCCUUUCCGAGCCCGUUGAGCGAGCAGCGCUGCGAGACACUGCUUCUCUUUCUCUGUGCGCCAACGGGAUAACAUAAGAACUGCGUCCCUUCCUGCCAGAUCCGGUGAGAAGAAGGCGCCCGUACCGUAGAGCUCAUCCUUGAAUAUCGAAUACUCGGCCUGCUAUUCCUUUCGAGAGUGGCGGCGGCCUUCUCGACUGUGAACCGCAAUUUCUCCUUCGCAUCUCGUAGCGAAAUAUUAGUUCUUGUGCUGAGAAGGUAACCAUCGAGGAUUUUCAUUAUUACUAGUGCGUCCAAUAUCCGUGGGAUUUCGUGCUUGGUUAACAGUUGUAGAGAAGGAAGGUUUUUGAAAAGAGUUCUUGGCAAGUAUGAUCCUCCGUUUGACGUUGGAUCCUCACCCCCAUGCUAGUAGCACGUCUAUCAAAUUAGAGGAUCAACCAAGAGAUAAUUAGUCUAUUGAAGGGACUAACCAAAAAAAGGGUAUGAUUGUUUGUUGUAACGUGUAGAUGAUAAAUUUCCCCCCUCUAAAUCGUCAUGUACAACUUGAUGGAUUCACAGCCUUCUUUAAUCGAUUUGCAGUAGGGUGUGUGAGAUGUAUGUGUCAAACAUGAAGUGGUGAUUAGUGUUUGUACCCAUUGGCAUUAAAGAAGAAAGGAGAGAUUUUGGCCAAACCUAAGAGAUUGUGGAUAAGUCAUGAGCUGCAUCGUUGCCCUUGUUUGUCCAAAAACCCUUGAUGACAUCGGUAUGAGCUCAACCUUGGGUUAUGGAUGGUAGAUGAUCUAGUUGAAACUGCACUCGAUUUUGACCAGCAAUCCAACAUGGAGAGUGCUUUACACAGGAGAUUGGAUUCCCUUGUUCGCCAUCUCGUCCCUCCUCAAUCUGCCUCUCAAGAUCUUACUAAGAAUCCACUCAAUAUCACUGCAUCAGGAUCAGACUCUGUCAGUGCUUCUCCUGUCUUAAUUGGUGGCAUGGUUUUAGACAUCCACGCCAAACCUUAUAAUGAUCUUGCUCCUCGAACCACUAACCCUGGAGAGGUUCAGUAUGCGAGUGGAGGAGUGGCAAGGAAUAUUGCUGAAUGUAUGUGUAAACUUGGAGCUAGACCUUUCAUGAUCAGUGUUGUUGGGCUUGACAUGGCAGGAGAGAUGCUGCUCAGGUACUGGAAAUCAGCUGGACUCUCUACAGAAGGUAUCCUGCAGGAAAAGAGUAUUGCAACUCCGGUUGUUACAAAUAUAUUUGAUUCCUAUGGAGAACUAGCAGCGGGUGUUGCAAGUGUGGAUGCAGUGGAAAAGUUCCUGACUCCAUAUUUCGUGCAGCAAUUUCAGAGCUAUAUAUGCUCUGCACCGGUGUUGCUUCUUGAUGCAAAUUUACAUCCACAAUCACUUGAAUUUGCUUGCCGAAUAGCAGCUGGAUCUGGCAUACCAGUGUGGUUUGAGCCGGUGUCAGUUAAAAAAUCUACAAGAAUCUCAAGCAUUGUGAAUUAUAUAACUUAUGCUUCUCCUAAUGAAAUUGAGCUUAUUGCAAUGGCAAAUUCUUUACUGCCUGAAAAAGAAUUCAAAUUUCAAUUGGAUCACAAUGGAAGCAAAAUGCACUCGGUGGAAUCCUUAUUUCAAAUGCUGAAGCCUGCAAUUUCUUUUGUGCUUUGCAAAGGCAUCAAAUGUCUUGUUGUAACGCUUGGUCAAGCUGGCGUUUUCCUUUGUUUUAGAGACUGGCUGCAAUGUAAAAUCCAAGACCUGAAGAGCAGCAAGUUGGCCAGCCUUAGCAGUAUGCCGCAUGCGAUUGUUGAUGAAGGCCAGCUGGGAGUGGAAUUUCAGGCCUACCAUUUCCCCGCACUCAACUCAUCUGUAGUGAACCCCACUGGAGCAGGUGACUGCUUGGUUGCUGGAGUCAUUGCAUCAAUCUGCUCUGGUUUGGAUCUAAUGCGAAGUGUAGCCAUUGGUAUCGCCGUCGCGAAAGCCGCAGUCGAGAGCAAAAUAAACGUCCCGGCUGAAUUUAAUAUGAAAGAUCUGGCAGGUGGAGCUGAGUCUAUUCUAUCUGGUGUAAAACAUCUACUAGUUUGAAUAAAAAUUCUCAAUUUACAGAAGUUGAAUUGGCGGAUCAUUGUGCUACUGCCCUUCAUCGUGCGCAAGCUCAGAUGAGGUUCUUUGCCCUUUUCUUUGGAAUAUUGUUGAAAUUCUUCGGCGAGAAUGUAUGAAUGUAUGAACUUCUUCGUGCGCAAUCUCAGACGAGGUUUUACAGAAGUUGUAUGUUCUCAAUUUUUUAGUUCUACUUCAUUCAACUGUCUCAGCUGAAUGUAGAAUGUAUUUAAAUUACAAACUCUGAAUAUGCCAUUUAUAGAGUUGAGAUUUGAUAAACUGUUAGAAAUUAUCAUUCUUCCAAUAUAAACUGCAGUAUGUUUUUUAA